AUGGCCUCAACAACCGCAGACCUUGGUCUCCAGAAUUGUCUGGCCAAUAGUCCGUCGCCUUAUCUUCGAGCGCAUAAGGACAACCCAGUCGCCUGGCAAGAAUGGAACUCAGAGACACUGGCUCUCGCCAAGACACACCAACGUCUGAUAUUCCUCAGCGUUGGCUACAGCGCCUGCCAUUGGUGCCAUGUCAUGGAGCGGGAGUCAUUUUGUUCUCGAGAGGUGGCAGGUCUACUGAACUCCAACUUCAUUCCCAUCAAAGUCGACAGGGAGGCCCGUCCUGAUCUGGAUGAAAUCUAUAUGAGCUAUGUGACAGCCACGGCUGGUUCUGGAGGCUGGCCGCUGAGCGUGUUCCUAACACCAGACCUGACGCCUGUGUUUGGUGGAAGUUACUGGCCGGGGCCAAGGUCGGAAACACCAAUGCCGACGGACACCAGCGAUGAGAAGCCGCCUACUUUCGUCGAUAUACUUCACAAGAUGAAGGACGUCUGGGCGACUGAGAAGGAGAAAUGCAUCCAGUCAGCCGCAGACAUGACAUCACAGUUGAAGGCUUUCGCAGAGGAGGGUACACAUUCGAGCUCGGAAGGGUCGCAGCAAUCAGAGGAUAGUGAUCCUCCUGAGCCACUGGAUCUGGACCUCAUCGACGAUGCGUUGGAGCACUUCAAGACGCGAUAUGACUCGAUUAAUGGUGGCUUCGCGGCAAGUCCUACAGCGCCCAAGUUUCCUGCUCCCGUAACACUGCAAUUCCUGCUCCGCGUCGGCGCCUCGAUUGGCUCGACACACACACGCUUCGGCUUUCCAGCGCCUUUGCCCGGCAUCAUUGGAAAAGAGUCAUGCACGAAAGCGGCUUCAAUGGUGUUGCAUACUCUGAUGGCCAUCUCUCGUUCCGGCCUACGGGAUCAGCUGGGCCAUGGAUUCCAUCGGUAUUCGGUCACUCCAGAUUGGAACCUUCCGCACUUCGAAAAGAUGCUGUGCGACAAUGCUCAAUUACUUAAUUGCUAUUGUGACGCGUGGGCACUGGGUCGAGACCCGGAGAUUCUUGGCACCAUAUACAGCCUGGUAGAGUACUUCACAAAUCCAGACUCACCUAUCGUGCGGCCGGAAGGUGGAUGGCACGCCAGUGAGGACGCUGACUCGGUGCCAUCAAACCCAACAGCAGACGGUGCGGCACACGAGAAGAAGGAAGGCGCUUUCUACGUCUGGACCUACAAAAGAUUUGUUCAGCUUCUGGGCGAGAGGAAUGCAAGCAUACUUGCAAGGCAUUUCGGCGUUAAGCCAGACGGAAACGUACCCGCCUCAUGUGAUAUCCACGACGAAUUUCUGAGUCAGAACGUGUUGCACAUUGAUGCCACGCCGUCAAAAUUGGCACAAGAGUUUGCUUUGCCAGAAGAAGAGAUUGUCAAAAUCAUCAAGGACGGGCGAAGUAAGCUUACAGCCCACCGACAAAGCUCGAGACCAAGGCCAGACGUCGAUACGAAGUUCAUCACGUCCUGGAACGCCUUGGCCAUCGCAGCGCUCGCGAAUGCAUCUUACACCUUGCAGUCCAUCGACAAAGAUCGCGCCAAACGUUGCCGUGUUGCCGCCACCAAAGCUCUAGCAUUUAUCCGUACCAACUUAUAUGACGAGGGCACUGGGCAACUUACUCGGAUCUACGAUCCUUCCAAUCCCACAAGGACUGCCUUCCUCGAUGACUACGCAUAUCUCGUCGAAGCGGCCCUCUGGACUUACGAUGUCACCUUCGACCGGUCCUACCUGACCUGGGCCGCGCAGCUGCAAACUCAUAUCUCCUCCGAAUUCCAAUCUCCAUCCGGCGCGUACUACCAGACUCCAAAUGGCGCGUCGGAUACCAUUCUCCGCCUCAAGCCUGGAACCGACAACACUCUACCAUGCCGAACGGCGUGA